UAUCAAUGUUGUUUGUCAAUCGUCAACAAUUAAACUUACAAAUUUUAAUAAAAGAAACGGUUUCAUUAUAAAUCAUUAGAUAAUAUUGAUUAGUUGUUAUAUUGUAAAUUAAAAUAAUCUAAACAAAUAUUGUUGCAUUUGGAUAGUGAUGAUGUUCAAGAUUAUUGGUUAUUUGAUUUGAUGAACGAGUUUAAAUUGUUCAAUUUUAUGUGAUUGUGAUUAAAUGUUGUCUCUACACGAACCACCAAUUGGACUUUCAUCCUCCACCACCACUACUACAACAAUCCCACCCUCAGGUCGAGAGGUGAUUAAAAUGUCCAAGGGUAUGAAUCGUUAUGUUAUGUUGAGCCAACUCGGCGAUGGGACUUAUGGGACAGUUUUACUUGCUCAAAGGCUGGACACUGGUGAGAAAGUUGCAAUUAAAAAAAUGAAGAAACUGUAUCAUUCAUGGGAAGAGUGUAUGAAUCUUAGAGAGGUCAAGUCUUUACAGAAAUUAAGUCAUCCUAAUUUGGUUAAAUUACGAGAAGUGAUUAGAGAGGACAAUCAACUUUACUUUGUCUUUGAAUAUAUGAAGGAAAAUCUUUACCAAUUAAUCAAGGACAGAGAGAAACCAUUUGCCGAACCUGUGAUAAGAAAUAUAAUGUACCAAAUAUUAGAUGGACUUAAUUUCAUGCAUAAACAUGGAUUCUUUCAUCGGGACAUUAAGCCCGAAAAUUUACUUUGCAAUGGACCAGAAUUGAUCAAGAUCGCCGAUUUUGGCCUUGCCCGUGAGAUCCGUUCUCGUCCACCUUAUACCGAUUAUGUGUCAACCCGUUGGUAUCGAGCACCCGAAGUCCUGUUAAGGUCAACCAAUUACUCUUCACCCAUUGAUAUUUGGGCGGUUGGUUGUAUCAUGGCGGAAUUGUAUUCCCUUCAACCCAUUUUUCCAGGUCGAAGUGAAAUCGAUCAAAUUUUCAGAAUCUGUUCAGUCCUUGGAACACCCGAUAAGAAUGAUUGGAUGGAAGGUUAUCAAUUAGCCUCUUCGAUGAAUUUUAAAUUUCCGUUGAUGAGUUCGAUCAAUUUCGAAACCAUUGUACCCGAUGCGAGUUGCGAAGCAAUUAAGUUAAUUGUUGACAUGUUAAAAUGGUCUCCAUCUAAACGACCAACAGUUUACUCUAGUUUAAAGUAUAGUUAUUUCCAAGUGAAUCAAACCCUUGGUUCACAACAGAUAACUUCAUCUUCGAUACGACAAUCAAAUCGACUGUCCAGUAAUCUCAAGAUGACCACGACUACCAAAUGGAAAGACAAUGAUGCAAAUAAUAAUAAUAAUGGAACACGAAGUGGAUCUAAUUUUCCACUUUCAGGUGAUUUGAGUGAAGAAAAGGUGAAAGAGAUUAUCAGAUCAAAAUCAUCUAUUCCAAAUCCUUUGGUCAAUCAUCAUGAAUCGAUUGACCAGUCAAACUCACAAUUUAAUCGUAACUUGAGUAUCUCAUUGAAAGAUCAAUAUCUUACGAGGUCAAGAUAUAUUGUUGGACAAAGUACUCGAAAUUUGACCUUCAGAGGAGGUGGAUGAUAAAUCAUGAUAAUAUUUACAUGUCAAUCUAAAUUGUAAAGACAAAUACAGUUCUUAAAUUGUAACAACAACUAAAUCUAAUUAUCUUAUUUUAAUCAAAUACCAACAAUCAAAGUUUUUCAAAAAUAUCAGUUGCUCCUUCGUAUAUAAAAGUUGCCAAACAGAAUGAAAAUAUUGAAUAAUAAAUGAAUUGUACGAUUAAUAAUUAAUUGUGAAUUAAAGUUAA